GUUCUAAAUACUACAAUUUUACUAUCAGAUGCCUAUGAUUUCUUCUUCAACACUCCCUUCACUAAAGAAUUGAUAGGAGUAGAGAUGAGACUAAUAAGAAUCUGCAAAAGCCUUGUCUCACUCUCUCUAGAAAACCCUCUGCCGCAUCUCCACGAAACCCCAACUCUCUCCUGCUUAAUCUCUGUGUUAUAUUUCUCCUCCUCUAAACCCAAGAAAUCAACAUCCACUGUAACAGUCCUGGACUACUUGAUCAAUCAGCACCAAUUCUCGCCUGAAGCUGCUCUGAAAGCUUCAUCAUCCUUUACUUACCUGAGAAAUCCAGAAAAGGCGGAUUCCGUUCUUUCGUUCUUCAAGGAGAGCGGUUUCUCCCAGACCCAUAUCGAGCAAGUGGUUAAGAGAAUGCCCAAGGUUCUCUCUGCCAAACUUGCCGUUACCAUCAAACCCAUUAUCAAAAUUUUCCAGGACUCGGGCUUUGCACGCGACGACAUUGCGGAGAUUGUAUGCGGUGACCCGUGGAUUCUUACUCGCAGUGCCGGUAAUCAGAUUGGACCCUCAAUUUUGGUGUUGAAGAGUAUUCUGGAUUCCAAUGAAGACAUCGUUAGGGUCUUAAAGUCUUCAGGGUGGUUUUUGAAUCAUGAUUUGAAUAAGACUAUGAUGCCCAAUAUUGAAUUUCUGAAGCGUUGUGAAAUUAGUUCUUCGCAGAUCGUUACAUAUUUGUUUAAUUUCCCGAGGCUUUUUCUGCUGAAGCCGGAGAGCAUUCAGGCUUUCGUUAAAAAGGUUGAUGGAAUGGGGUUUGAUAGAAAGUCUAAGAUGUUUCUUUGUGCCAUUCGGACAGUCAGUUCAAUGUCAGAAGAGAAUUGGGAGCUCAAGUUGGAACUUUUCCGAAGUUUGGGGUUUUCGGAAAAAGAUAUUCUUGAUGUGUUUAGGAGGAAGCCUCAGGUUUUUGCUAUAUCCGAGAGGAAAAUUAAGGAGGUAACUGGGCUCCUGUUUAGCGCUCCGAAGGUAGAUAUCUCGUAUUUUGUUGACCAUCCAGAAUUGCUUAUUAGCAGCGUUGAACGCAGGUUAAAACCCCGUCUACGAGUUUUGGAGAUUCUGGAAAAGAAAAAUGUGCUUAAUAGGAAACCUUGUUUAACUACUGUCUGCCGAAUGCCCGAGCAGAAGUUCUUAAACAAAUUUGUACUUCCUUAUUCAAAAGAACUCGCAGAGGUAAAUGAGGCUUGUGGGGGUUCAUAUACAAUUGGAUGCGUACAAUGAUAAGCAUCUUCAGGAGGGCGCUAUUCAAAUCAAUGAUGCAAAAUUUUCUUAUUUAUAUGAUGCCAUAUGUAAGGUGCGGAAGAUUCAUUAUUCAUGCGACCCCUCUAGCGAGCAUUGAACUGAAGCACAGGGUGUAUACACAUUUAGAAAAUUCAAUUAUCAUUUGCUGUAUGAAUAGAUGCUGGUGAGCAGUUUUGAGAGGUUGUGGCUUUAUUAUGAGCAAACACACAACUCAAGAAUUAAGAAAAUACACUAGUCUUGAAGUU